AUGUCGCGCGCCCCUGAGUUCCAGGCCGCCAGGCCCAUCGGAAAGCAGCCUUGGCCCUGGUACCAGGGCGAAGGAGGUGGCCGCAUCUACCCGCAGGACGAAGAUUCCGCCGGCCCUACCUGUGUCUCGUGGAACCAGGUGGCGGCCACCGGAGAGUACUUUGCCAUCAAGAGCCUGUCGCGCGACUUCCUGGAGGGCGAAGACGGCAUCGUGUACGCCAUGCUGGAGGCGGAGGUGGAUGCCCACCGCCGCAUCUCCACCCCGGCCGUGCCGGCCUUGCGCGACGUGGUGCGUGACGAGGAGACCGGACAAGUGCACCUGGUGUUUGACUACGGUGGCCGCCCCAUCCUCGAUGUUGUCGACCGCACCUUCACGUUUGAGGGCACGGUGCUCAACACAACUCUGGCGGCGCACGCGACCGUGACGCUGCUAACGACGCUGCAGCAGCUGCACGCGUCUGGACACUCCUACAAUGACCUGAAGCCCCACCAGCUGCUGUGGGACGCCUCGCGCGAGGCGCAGGACUUCCCUAUGAAGCUGGCCGACUUUGGAGCAGUGACCAAGAUCGGCUCCAGCCAGCUGUUGAGCUGCACUCCUAGCUACAUGCCGCCAGAGACGCACGCCAUCGUGGCCAGCGGCAUCGACGCCAGACGCCCCGAUGGCAUCCCCUCCACCCUCGGGCCCGCGUUUGACGUAUGGGGAGCAGUGCUGAGCAUCGCCACCAUCGCCCUGGACGGCAUCAACCCUUUUGAGGCGCCGUUGUACAGCAAGGAAGACCGCCCCGAGCCCUACCCGCGCAUCCCGGGCUGCAGCUGGGACCCCUAUGACGCGCAGGUGGUGCUGGAGCAACCCACUGCGUACGAGAGCUCCCCCACCUGGGACGACCUUGACCCCGACCUGCAAGACUUCAUCCGCGCAGGCCUCCACCCCAACCCAAAGGAGAGGGCCACCAUCCACCAGCUCAUGGCCAUGGAGUGGGGCCGCCGCUGCAUGGCCUUGCUGACGUCAGCCUCCAGCGGCGACGACAAGGAGGGCGUCGGCAGCCACGAUGCACAAGAGCGUGAGCAGGCCUUGGACCCGGAGGCAAUGACGCCGCCACCGCAAUCGGCGCCCGAGGCGGACGGCGUUGAGGGGAAGAUGGGCGUUGAGGGGAAGAUGGGCACCGCGGCCAUCACCCCCACAGUCGAGUCGUCAGAGCCCUGCGCAUCAUCCGAGUCCGCCCAAGACAGCAUCGGCCGCACCCAGCUGCUGGCAGCGCUCCAGAGCACGGGCGAGGCGGAGCCGGCCGUGAAGGCCCACGUCCCGCACAUGACCAGCCUUCCCACCACGCACAGCGGCGACGCCGCCAUACUCGUGCUGACCGCCGAGCUAAAGGCGGCGCAAUGUGAGCGCGAUGACGCGCGCCAGAGGCUGGCAAAGGAGCGGCUCGAGACCCGCGCGUUGAUGGAGCGCGUGGACGCGCGCAUGAGUGAAAUGGGGCAGCAGAUCCAGGUCCUCAUGGAUCUGGUGUCCACAAUGCAGGCCAACAACGGCAUGGCGAGCGGUGGGAUGCAGGAGGUCUUGCACCGGCAGUCCAGCGCUGGCGCUAGCAGCGAGGCGUCCGGUGUUGCCACCCCCUCCCGAACCACCGACGCGGACCACGCUGCCUCCAGCAGCGGCGGCGGCGGCGGCAGCAGCAGCCGGAGCCUCAACAUCAGCAUCUCCGGCGGCGGAGCCGCCGGCGCUGGCGCCCGCAAGCGCGGCAGCGUGGGCGCCGGGGCGCGCGUGCUAAAGGAGAUGUGGGGGGAUGUCAAGGCGGCGGGGCGGGCUGUGGCGGGCUGGCUUGAGCAGGCCCUGGCGCUGCCGUCAAGCAGCAAGCACUGCAACAACAGGGGCAAGGACCAGGAAGGAAAGCUGCAGAGUUUCUUCACCACCCAGCGCGACUUGCGGUGA